GCCCCAAUCCCUCAAUCCAUAUCCGCCUCAUUCUCCAUCCUCUCUUCUCCCCAUCUCCAUCUUCCCCAUCACCAUUCCCCUCCUCGUCUCCGUGAGAUGAGCGCCUAGUUACAUCGUCUCGCCGCCAAAAGCCAUAGCUCCCCGGACCCGGACACGCACAGUCUCACUACUGCUGUACGCUCCCGCCAGCCGCCGCCCCUCACAAUAAUUGCUCCUCCAUCUGAUCUACUUUCGCCAGGCGCCCUUAGCUUCCUCCUCUCUGGCCGCGACACGCGACCUCUUCUCUGUCGCCGUUAGCGGAUCUUCUUCUAUACUUUACCUUUCUCCAGGUCCAUCUAUCAUCUACUGUACUCUGUAUAGUAACUCUGGACGUCCGUAUACUCCCAAGGCGCUACCGACGUCGCCUCUGUACGCUUCGGCUCUGCAUCGACAAUUCGAUCCACCGCCCGCUGCUAACUGUUGCUUGAAAUCCCCACCAUCCGUCCCGUCUACGAUAAGAGGCAUCUAUCACAGCGAUCUCUCUCAAUUACUGCUGGCGCAGGCAGGCGGAGAUCCGAUUCAUAGCUCCCCCCGGAAAUUCUCCGGCCUGUAACAUCCCGCGCGCGACGUUCCCCGCGCCUCCGCCCUCCGAUACUCGACCUGAUAAGUUUUCCCCCGCGCCUGUGAAACCAACCUAUCGACCUUUCGAAGCGGCUACAAAUUCUGGAUGAGAUGCAGCAUCUGAUCUGCUGAGUCGACGCCGUGGUCGCUCAAGCGCACACUUUUAUCGCGCUGCCAGCUCUAUCAGAUCUAGCGUUGACAUUGUAUGCCUUCGCUGUGAGUUCGGCUGGUUUCUUGGUUUGUAAAUGUAGCCUGCGGAUAAUCUUCGUCGCCCAACGACUAAAUAUACUUGCCGCUUUUUCGGGGUAAAGGACCCUUAUAUCAGGACCCUUCUUCCACAUACGCAUCGAAAGAGCUAUUACCACUUGUGAUAAUUUAAAAUACCUGUCCCGGCGACACAGAUAAUGACUUCGAUUGUUGCCCAACCGAUCCAGAUCCACCCUGCAAACGUGACCCAGUCGUCCGUGAUAAUGGACAUACCGCUGGAGUCCCCUCCGGUUCUAUCGAAGAUCAAAACAGAAGGCGAAAAACCGAGGGGAAGGCGGCGAAGCCGGACUCAGAUUACGUCGAAAGACAGUAAUGGAUACGGCUCCGGAGCUGAUGGCGAUGAGGGACAGUCGUCCGGUGGUGAUGGAACUGAUGGACCUGAGGGUGCCAGGAAGAGACGAAGAAGCCGAAAAGGCCUCGACAAGAAAUUUGAGUGCCCCCAAGGCGGAUGCGGUAAAAGCUAUUCCAGGGCAGAGCAUCUCUACCGUCACCAACUGAACCAUACUCCAAAGCAGAUAUACAGCUGUGAUUUCCCCGACUGUGACCGCACGUUUGUCCGCCAGGAUCUAUGCAACCGCCACAAAGAACGCCACACCGCUAAAGGGUCACAGCUUCAGAGAAAGGAUGCCAUGCUGAGCAACGUUUCGCCAAUAACUAGCAACAACACCAGUAUGGCAUUCAAAGGCUCCAUGUCCCCUGAAGUCGGACGGCCUGGUAGCAGCGGCUUCAAGCCAAGGACUGCGCAAGCGCCAUAUCAGUCACCCGCGGAAACUUUGUCCGGCCCAUUCUCCCCUGUCGGUGCCCAUACAACGUCGGCAUAUCCUCGCUCAGGGUCACUAUCGGCUACUGCCGACCCCAGCAAUGCUUAUCCACCAGCGGGUAGCCCCUAUAGGCGUUCCAACAGCGAUAACAGCAUCCAGUCCGCUCAUACCCUCAAUGCAGGCUCGAUGCAGCAAAAUUCAACCGGGCAGGGGCGCCAUGCGGGCAUCGGUGGAACGGAUGGUAACAUGCAAGAUAAUACUUUGUACGGGAGACAAUCCCAGCAUUCGACGAACCCUGGCUUUGAUGCGCUCUCCCCGAACCAACGGCAACAAUCAUACGUGAACAAUCAUAACAACGGAAUGCAGGUGCCUAUGCAACAGCCAUAUGUCAAUGCCCAGAAUUUCACUCCGUUCUCGUUACCACCGCCAGGCUUCUCACCUGUGGCUGCACCAGCAUCAACGACAACAUCACGGGAUACUGAAUCCUCAUAUGUCAUCUCCCCACCACAGACUUCCAUGUCGAUCGACUAUCAAGGCCGUGAUACUAGCCAUCCACAGCAAUCGGGCCCCGAUAUGAUGCUGCUGGACCAGAUGGCUGCGGUAAACACCAUGCCUGUAUUUGGCGGAGAAGGUUAUAACAGGUCUCCUUUUGCAAUUCCGGACGACUUUGUUGCCUUUCUAUUCAGCGGACAACACCUUGACAAUUCAUCGCCAAUGUCAAAUCCGGCACUUGGGACGCAAGGCUACUCAAACUAUCCUGAUGCCCAGAACCAAUAUCAACCGUAUUUUGCAAAUGAGAUAAACCUUGGUGGUUACUUUCCGCAAAAUCCGCAACAUCCAAUGGCAGUCACAAGUCUGCUAGAUACGUCUACUCCAGAGAUGAUAUUGUCGGAAGACAAAAGCCAGGAGAUUAUCGACCUGAUCAAGGAGAGGUUCAAUGAGACCGACCAUGCACCUGUUGCAAAGCAAAAGGAGGCACUGCUUGACGGCGACCGCAGCAAUGAUUCUCAUAUGAUGAGCAGGAAGAUGAUGCAAACUUAUAUAGGGAGCUUCUGGUGGCAUUUCCAUCCUCAGCUGCCAAUCUUGCAUAAACCGACAUUUUCUCCUGAAAAGACUCCAAACCUUCUUCUCAUUGCAAUGAUGGCCAUCGGCGCGUCUUGCCUUGAUAAGAUGCACGGGUAUAAUGUCACCCAGUCGGGUGCCGAGCUUGCAAACUUCCUUGCUUGGCACUUGAGAUGGGAGAUAUUCAGUGACGUCCACUUUCGUCCCCCAGCGAAAUUGUGGGUGUUCCAAGCACUUCUCCUCCUCGAGAUUUAUGAGAAGAUGUACUCUACCCGAGCGCUCCAUGAGCGCGCACAUAUACACCAUGCAACUACCAUCACAUUGAUGCGGAGAGGCAGUUCGCUGAUUGGAAGAUCUGCAUUGGAUUCUCCGCCAAGCGUGAGAGACGAGAGGCAGGGUCCCAAUGACUCCAAGCAAUCGUCAACUUCAGGGGCAAAUACGCCAGAUGAAUGGUGGAACCACUGGAUCACAAAUGAAGCGACCCGCCGAGCGGCUUUUGCAGCCUUUGUGAUCGACUCUGUACAUGCUACUAUGUUUGGUCAUUCAACGGUUAUGGUCGCCCACGAAAUGCGACUCCCGCUACCGUGCGACGAGGCACUCUGGUCAGCGACCAAUAGCGCCGAAGUUGGUAGAAUCGAGGCAAGCCUCCACGCCAAUGGCGUCAAACCUGUAUCGUUCCUCGAAGGCCUGAAGAGGACAUUAAAUGCGCAGGAAGUUCGAACAAACGCCUUUGGACGAAGCAUUUUGAUGGCAGGAUUGCUAAGUGUGAGCUGGCAUAUGAACCAACGAGAUCUCCAGGUCAAUUCGCUGGGAGUCUCUCAGGUGCUCGGAGGACGUGAUAAGUGGAGGGGCUCUCUAACACGGGCGUUUGAUCUAUGGAAGCAAGAUUUCGACAGGUCGCUGGCCCACAAUACGGAAACCAAUUCGGGCCCCUAUACGUACACUAGCAAGCAAGAUGAGGAUACUGUCUUCGAAAGUAGAACGGUACUUCAUCAUCUAGCACACAUGGCUAUGCAUGUUGACAUCGUCGACUGCCAAAUAUUUGCGCGAGCAAAACGACUCCUCGGCCGCACUAUUGGCACUCAGGAUCUGAACUCUACGCAACGAAAAAUGAAGGACAUCUGGGCUCCAACGGCCAAGGCCCGAGACGCUACGUACUACGCAAUCCGGUUCUUAUGCACAGUAUUGUUACCGGAAGACACAUCAUCUGGUAUGCACAUGUAUGACCAGGACACCGAUUUCGACUAUUCAGCCCGCGAUGAUGUCCUGAUGAACCGCUCAUGGGUCCUUUACUUUGCUGCUCUGAUCGUCUGGUGCUAUGCCUUCGCCUUGGAAGGUCCCACGCAGGAGGAGAUUCCAUCAGCAGGCGCAUUCCAAGACCAGGUUUUCGACAUGCGCGUGUACCUCAGGAGACUGAGCAACGUCAAGUCCCCUGAAGAGCUCAAGUCCGUCAGCAACCUCAAUGGCUGCACCGGCAUGCUCAUGGUUCUCCGCCACACCUUCGAGAAAACCCGCUGGGAGCUUCUUCACGAAGCUGCGAACCUCUUGACGAACUGCAUCCAGCUGAUCAGCACCAACAACGUUUAAAAUUUUACUAUACAUAUACGUACAUAUGGUGAGGAGGGUGGAUCAUCUUUGACAUUUAUCAUCAUAUUUUGCAUUGGUUUGCGGGCGCCCUGUUUUUAUACACAUGUAAAUUUGACCUCGUGUCUAUGGGCAUGUAGAUACGAAAAUGGUCGGUCGGGUCGGUAGUUAACAUACUACAAUAUCGCGGCCCUGGAUGGAUGUUUUUGAAGCGGACGUUUUUUGGUGUCCGUUUUUCUGCGGGUAGACUUUGGCAUACCGCUUCCGCUUCAUCUUGUUGAUUAUACCAUGCAGCUUUAUUAGAUACUUUUUAUAUACCCCCAAAAUAAAUACAUGAGAAUUGAG